UUGUUAAGUGUAGAACAUUUAGAUAAAGGAUAAUAUUGUAGAAACAGUAAUCUAUAGGGAGCAUAAAAUUAUUACUGUUUUACUAUAAAACAAAUGCCAGUAUUAAUUGUGAAAAACAUUUGUCAUAUCAAUUGGAAAGAAAAUGAUAUUGUUUCCAAAUGAAAAAUAUUUUUCUCGUGUGGUUAAUAAACUAUAGAAUAAGCAAAAUAAUAAAAUACAGUGUUUUAGUUCUUAACUAUUUUAUUUUUAACCUUUUAAAACUUAGCCUCUGUUUUAAUGCUAGAUGGUAGCAACUGUGUUACUAAUAUGCAUGCCCUUCUUUCUCAUUUCAAAUCAUAUUGUACAAAUAUUAUUUAGGCGUCUACGUAAUCGCCUCUAAAUAUUUAAGCAGAACAUGAAAGAGUUCUGUUUGAUCAGUUGUAUGAAUUUUGAUUUUUUUGCUAUGAAAAAAAGGAAGCGAUAUUCAAGGGCAGUCCACUUCCAAGAUGAGACUAUCCAUGAUCAUUUUUAUUGCCUGUUUGAGUUACUCUAAAUCCAUAGAAUUGCUUAAUCCAUCAACCAAAUAUCUCAAUGCAUCGAAAAUACCAGUUAUAGGGAAGUAUUUUGGGUCAAAAAAUGGUAAUGCGACCCCUAUUGAUGAGGCACCCGAAAAGCCUCCACCAACUGAGUCUCCACAAGAUGCUUACGUUAAUGUUUUGAAAUCAAAUGAAGAAAUAAAGACAACUAUUGGAAAUGAUUUAUUAAAAAUCAUUUCAGAACCAGAAUCUGACGAACCUAACGAAGCAGUAGAAGAAACAGUGAAUUCAUUAUCUAAUUUGGAAUAUUGGGAACCUGUAACAAGUAAAUUACAGUAUGUAUGGGACAAACUAAAGCAACUUGGCCGCUACGCUGCAAAAACUCUGAGGAAAGCCACGUCUUAUAUAGGAAAAAAAGUCAAACAUUUAAGAGUUUACAUGAAUCAAGGGCGUGAAAUAGUAGAAACAUUACACAAUGCUGUGAAAUCAGCAGGUAAAGCUACAGAAGAUUCUGAUGAACCUACUGUUCAAAAUAUAAAUAAUUUUUUUGCACGGUUGGUCUAUAUACUUAAAAAUUUUAAACAAGUUUUCAAAACCAACCCAAUAGAAAUAGCAAGAGACCGAGAAAGCUUAGCAGAAUAGAAUAAUAGAAAUAAAAAUAGAAUAGGUUGUACUGAAUUCAUUCAUUAGUUAAAAUCUUAAAACUUAGUUAUAAAUAAAAAUAAUUAAAUAAAUGUCCUCUUAGUAUUAUAGUGUUCACUUUAAA